AUGCCCCUUAUCUUGCUUGCUGAUGAUGAUGGGAGGGCUCUAGCGGGAGAGGGCCUACCCCAUGUGCAGGUCAAAUGCAGCGUCUCGAAUUUACCGGCUGGAGAUGGUACGUUAGAAUCAUUCGGCUUCUUCACAUUGGCUGUCUUCCCUAGUGUUGCGCCCAUAGGCUUUAACAGAUUUAUGGAGCUCAUCUCGACUCACUUCUACGAUGAUACUCGUGUUUUCCGAGUAGAGCCCGGCUUUGUUGUGCAGUUCGGCAUCAGUGGCAGUCCUGGUGUGGGCUCUAAGUGGCUCGGGAUGCCCCUCAUGGACGAGCCUGUUCGGGCCUCUAACGUUAGAGGGAGUAUAAGUUUCGCGAAGUCCGAUAACCCGAAUUCGAGGAGUACUCAAGUUUUUAUCAACACUGGAGAUAAUACAGCUUUAGACAGGCAAAACUUUGCGCCUAUUGGAACCGUCAUUCAGGGCAUGUAG